UCUUUUUAGGAUCAAUUAAGAGUCCCCUAGGGUUCUGAGGAUACCUGUGGAUCUAUCUCCUAUUUUGUGGGGGGAAAAGAAGGGGUGUUAUGGUCAAGAAAGUUUGAAGAACUCUGAGCUAACCAAAAUCAAACAGGUGUCUAUCCUGCAGGACUUCUAAGAGCCUUCGGUAUGCUUAUGACUUUUUAAGCGGGAGGGGGAUAUAAAAUUCUUGUUUUCCUCAGGUUUUUGUUUUACCUUGUACCUGCUUCUCUUUUUAGAAGUAGCUCACGAGACUGGUGUUUUCAGGAAUACGAUGCAGGAAACUUAUUCAUUCACGCAACACAUAUUUCUUGAGUACCUACUAUGUGCCAGUGACCAUUCUACAUGCUUGGGAUAUAUUUAGUGACUAGUUCAGACCAAGAGCUCUACCCUGGAGGAACUUACAUUCGUGCAGAAGCAAUGAACCGAUCUUCAUGGAGCACCUACUAUGUGUCAUACAGGCGAAUUAUCACACUUUAUCCUGUUUCACCCUCACCAUAGCUUGGUCAGAUAAGUGGGCCAUUUUACAGAUCGGGUAACUGAGGCUUUAAGCGGUAAAGUGACUUGCACACUUUGGUUGAAUUGUCCUUUUUGGAUUAUGCCUUUGAAUUGCAAGAGGAGCUGGUGAAGAAAGGAAUGCGUGGAAGAGACAUCAGGGCCUGUGGUGGGGGGAUUCCAGGCCUCACUGCUAUACCACCAUGUUCCUUUACUGAGGUCCGAUGGAAGCUCUUCUCUGAGGCUCUGAUUCAGAUUUUGUGCACAAAUGACAGCUGUUGUAACAAUGUUUCAUUCACAUUUACAACUGCCGAGAUUGUUUUCAGUAAGGUACCAGAAACCAUUUCAGUAGAAAUGGUUUCUGAUUUGAACGGCCAGAAUCAGCAGAGUCCCCAAAAGCUGAAUGACGGGACGGUUUCAUUUGGGAACCUGACUCCUGGGAUGCGUUACAGUUUCAAUUAUUCACAUGACUCUACUAUCUGCUGCCAAAAAGAAGUGCAAACACAACCCAUUCCUGUGUGGGACAUUGAAGCUGGUUCCAUCAGUCCAACCAGUGUGAGCCUAACAUGGAAAAACAAUGAUACAGAUGCUUCUAGUUACACAUAUAAGGUGACGAGUGAGAUGGGAAGUGGGAUAUCGACUUCUGGUGCAGAUCAGACAAGCAUUAACAUCACAAACUUAAGUCCAGCUACUUCAUAUAUGUUCUCCAUCAUUCCAGAAGUAAAAGGGCAUUUGGGAGAUGCCAGGAACAUAACUGUCACAACAAAGCCUUUUCCAGUUUCUGAUCUUCAUGUUGUCUCUGUGGGUGUGAGGAGCGCUUCUCUUGCCUGGAAGAAUAAUGGCAAUACCACUUGCCGGAUGCUCCUUGAAGACACUGGAAGACAGGUUAAUAUUUCAGGCCUGAAACCAGGGACUCAAUACAAGGUCACCCUGUAUCUUUUAGAACCAAAUGGUACACAGAGAGAGCCCCUGGUUACCGAAAGUGACUCAGAUGCCACCAGCACUGCCUCUCUGUCCCCAGUCUCUGUCCAUCCUAUGACCGGAGACAUAGAAGUCCUGCUCCUUGGGUUAAAGCCUGACACACAGUACAAUGCCACUGUUUAUUCUCAAGCAUCAGGUGGCACAGAAGGACAGCCCAUGGCCAUAGACUUCAGGACAGGCCCUAGUCAGGUUUUGGACCUCGAAGCUGUAAACAUCAGUGCCACGAACAUGACCCUGACCUGGAAAAUCAACGAUAGUGAUUUAUCCUCUGCCUAUACCUACAAGAUAGAAGUUGCUGGGGUGAACGGUUCCCUCAAUUUCACCGUCAACAAGACACAUGCUUUCAUCACUCCACUCAACUCCCGUACAUUAUACAACAUCACAGUGCGUCCUUUCCUUGAUGGCGGUUCGGAGGGCACACCGGGAUUUCUCCAAGUGUACACCCGCCCUCAUCCAGUUUUCGACUUUCGAGUGACGAAUGUCAGCACAAGGGCUAUUCACUUAGCUUGGAGCAGCCAUGACUCAGAUUCCUUUAAGAUACUUACCACAUGGGAUGGAGUUGAAAAGCCUAUGGAGAAUAUCACCAACCAAAGUAGUAUUGUCAUUGGUGGCUUAUCCCCUGGAACCACGUAUUGUUUUGAAGUACUUCCACAAGGGCCAAAUGGGACUGAAGGGGAUCCCCAGACAGUUUGCAAUACAACUGACCCCAGCGCAGUGUUUAACAUCUCCGUGGUCAAUGUCGCCACAACCGAAAUGACGCUGCGGUGGCAGAGUACAGAUGUUGCUUCUGAGUACACCUAUCAUCUACGUGUAGAGUCUAAAUACGGCUCUAACCAAACCAAUACUUCUCACAAAGAGAUCACUCUCCAGGACCUGGUCCCGGGCACCUUAUAUAACAUCACAAUCAUCCCAGAAGUGGCCUUUGCCGAGGGGAACUCUAGCUUCAUUGCACAGUACACGCGGCCCAGCGAUGUGUCCCACAUUGGAAUACAGACUAACACCACAGCGGCAACCUUUACUUGGGAGAACAUGGAUAAAGCCUCUGUCAUGUACACCUACCGCCUUCUUAUUGAGAGGGAUGGAAAUUCCAGCAAGGCAAAACAAGAAGUCACACCCAUUGGUGUCACCUAUGCUACAGUCACCGAAUUAAUCCCUGGCUCAUCGUACACAGUAAAGAUCUCCGCCUACGUGGGGGAAGUUGGGUCACUGGCACCUGGCCAGCAGUCAUUCUGUACAGAUCCUUCCCCAGUGGCUUCUUUCCACUGUGAAGUGGUCCCCAAACAGCCAAUCUUGGUUCUCAAGUGGGCCUGCCCUUCCGGUACCAACACAGGCUUUCAGCUGGAGAUCAGCAGAGGAGACUGGAAAAAUACGACACGGCUGGAGGGCUGCUCCUUGGAGAACGGCACUGAGUACAGGACGAACGUCACAUAUUUGAAUUUUUCUACCUCGUAUGACAUCAAUAUCACUGCCUUGUCCUGUAACAAGAUGGCUCUUCCCGCUCAAAAUACCUGUCUCACAGGCAUCACAGAACCCCCUUCUCCAGAUGAAUCUCCUAAUAUUACAGCUGUCAGUCACAAUUCGGUAAAGGUCAAGUUCAGUGGGUUUGAAGCCAGCCACGGACCCAUCAAAGCCUACGCUCUCAUUCUCACCACUGGGAAAGCUCUUCACGCGUCCACAGAUGAUUUGAAAUAUACGUAUGAAGAUUUCAAAAAAAGGGCUUCGGAUACUUAUGUGACAUACCUCAUAACAACAGAAGAAAAGAGACAUUCUCAGGACUUGUCUGAAGUCUUAAAAUAUGAGAUUGAUGUUGGGAAUGAGUCGGUCACGCACAGCUAUUACAACGGGAAGCUGGAACCCCUGGGGCGCUAUCGGGCUUGUGUGGCUGGCUUCACCAAUAUCACCUUUAACCCUAAGAAGGACGGACUCAUAGAUGAGGCCGGCAGCUAUGUGUCCUUCAGUCGCUAUUCGGAGGCCGUUUCCUUGCCCCAGGAUCCAGGUGUCAUCUGUGGAGCAGUUUUUGGGUGUAUCUUUGGUGCCAUGGUUAUUGUGGCUGUUGGAGGCUUCAUCUUCUGGAGAAAGAAAAGGAAAGAUGCAAAGAACAAUGAAGUGUCCUUUUCUCAAAUUAAACCUAAAAAAUCCAAGUUAAUCAGAGUGGAGAAUUUUGAGUCCUACUUUAAGAAACAGCAAGCUGACUCCAAUUGUGGGUUCGCAGAAGAAUAUGAAGAUCUGAAGCUUGUUGGAAUUAAUCAACCUAAAUAUGCAGCGGAACUGGCUGAGAAUAGAGCAAAGAAUCGCUAUAAUAAUGUUCUGCCCUAUGAUAUUUCCCGUGUCAAACUUUCAGUCCAUACCCAUUCCACUGAUGACUACAUCAACGCCAACUACAUGCCGGGCUACUACUCCAAGAAAGAUUUUAUUGCCACCCAAGGACCUUUACCCAACACUUUGAAAGAUUUCUGGCGUAUGGUUUGGGAGAAAAAUGUGUAUACCAUUGUUAUGUUGACCAAAUGUGUUGAACAGGGAAGGACCAAAUGCGAAGAGUACUGGCCUUCCAAGCAGUCUCACGACUACGGGGCCAUAACUGUGGCAAUGACGUCAGAAAUUGUUCUUCCUGAAUGGACCAUCAGAGACUUUACAGUGAAAAAUAACCAGACAAGUGAGAGUCACCCUCUGCGACAGUUCCACUUCACCUCCUGGCCUGACCACGGCGUUCCUGACACCACAGACCUGCUCAUCAACUUCCGGUAUCUUGUUUGUGACUACAUGAAGCAGUGUCCCCCUGAAUCGCCAGUUCUGGUGCAUUGCAGUGCGGGGGUUGGAAGGACUGGCACUUUCAUUGCCAUUGAUCGUCUUAUCUAUCAGAUAGAGAAUGAGAACACUGUGGAUGUGUACGGGAUAGUGUAUGACCUUCGAAUGCACAGGCCUUUAAUGGUGCAAACAGAGGACCAGUAUGUUUUCCUCAAUCAGUGUGUUUUGGAUAUUAUCAGAUCCCAGAAGGACACAAAAGUAGAUCUCAUCUACCAGAACACAACUGCAAUGACAAUCUAUGAAAACCUCGCACCAGUGACCAUGUUUGGAAAAACAAAUGGUUACAUCGCCUAAUUCCAAAGGACAGCCUUUCUGGAGUUAACUAGACCGUCACACCCACAGCAAAGGAAAAUGCCUCGAUGUUGACAUGUUUUUAUAUGUCUAAUAUCUUAAUUCUUUGUUCCGUUUUGUUAGAACUAAUUGAGGGUGUGAAGCUGCACACGUAACACAUGACAAGUGAGCAGUUGGGGCUCCCAGGGGCUGUGGAUGGGUGGUGAGCAUGUCAGCUACAUCCCUGGUUACCAAUGGGAUGAGUUCACUUUUAUUUUUUCCUUGAGAAUUUAUGGAAAACCAGGAAAAGUGAGCUAUGAUUUUUUUUUUUCUUUUUCAAAACUUUUUUUUUUAAAGACUAUUUUAUAUGAUCCAUAUGCUAAAGCCAGGAUUGUGUUGGGUUGAAUAUAUUUUAAGUAUCAGAGGUCUAUUUUUACCUACUGUAUCUUGGGAUCUAGCUGAUGGAAAAUACAUAACUGUGGAUGAUUAUCAUGUAGGGAGGGGUAUGUGGCACCUCUUCCUGCCUGGGGUUUCUAUUUGAACAUGUGCCUUUUCUGAAUUAUGCUUCCACAGGCAAAACUCAGUAGAUUUCUAUAUUUUUGUAUUGAAUCUCAUCAUUGGAAUAUGUGGACUAUUUAAGCAGUAGUUUAGUAUCAGAAGCCCGGCCUUCUCAGUAACAUUCCUGUUCUCAUUUGAUUAGAGGAGGCCUCUCACCCCACUUCCCCUCCAACCCCAUCCCCAGUUUUGUGCUGUAUCCUUUCUCCCCUUUUCCUCCCAGUGGUCCCCACUGACAUGUCUGUUGGUCACAUUUUCAGCCCACUGGUUGAGUGAGAGUGGAAACUCAAUAUCAUCUUGAGAAUUUUGGGGGUUGGGGGAAGCAGAGGAACCCUAGAAUGAUGUUCUCUCCUUUCCUUGUUCCUGUUUUAUCCUUUUUCUCAUUUCUGUAUUUGGUAAGAAGGAUUAUUUAAAGGUGCAAUAUGUGACUUAGUGAUUCAUGAUACUCUAGGUUUUUAGUAAUGUUUUACUCAGGUUGGCAUUUUAUGUGUGUCUGUGUAUAUGUGUGUGCGUUUUUAAAAGCGUGGCAAUCUGUGAACACUUCAGUGUGAAAACAGUGUCAAAAUUAAUCCCUCCUCCUUCAAAGUCCACUGGCUUUAGUCUAUCUGCAGUGACACAUAUCGCUAUCUACUGUGUGUGUAUAUAUAUAUACAUAUAUAUGUGUAUAUAUAUACAUUUAUAUAUAUACUAAACCCUUAAAAACAGUCAUUCCUUCGAAUUGAGGUGUACAAAAUUUGAAUUUGUAUCAAAGAUGUAAUUAUUAUUUUUAAAACCUCUUUUCACUAUACUGCUGCUGUAAUUACUUUGAUUUUUUUUAAGUGUAGAUU